AGCUAAGAAUAAUCAGUUGAACCUUAGAUCACGCUACAGCCUAGCUAAGCCUCUGCUAAUUUUUCUCUUUCGCGUCCGCUUUUACUCGCGCCUGCGCAUAAAUUGCUGGCUAUUCCUCACAUGAACGUCUCGUGAGAAAUAGCCAUUGAGUUUUCUACAAUUUUUGUAGGAAACUCCAUAGAAAACUCCAUAAACUCUAUGGGAAACUCUAUGGAAAUAGCGCCCACGCUACAGUCUUUUAAGAAUCCAAAGGAAGCCAAGCCAAAUCAUUUUUUUGGCAAUUAACGCAGCGAGGAGCACGACCACUAUGACGACCACGAACGAGGAAAUAACAUGGCGAGAACAGCAAUGAACGCAAGACAGCCGCUCGUAAUGACCGGGUGCGCGCAACGCCGGCCUUCUUUAUGUGCUCAGUCCCGCCAUGGAUAGCGCGUCACUUGGGCUAUCCGUGCGUGCGCUUCAGCGCAAGCGACAGGCUGAAUCCGCCCAUCCAGCAGAUGUAGCUAGACGGCAGGCUGCAAAAUCUCAAGCAAAGGCAAAGUUGCUUGCUGAAACACCGGAGCAGAGGGAGGCCAGAUUAGCACGUUAUAGGGUAUAUUACCAAGCGCGGAAGCGUGGCAAGACCGAAGCUACUGCAACCGCCGCCGUCGGUCAGCAACACGAACAACAAAGAGACGAACCCAUUGAUACAAGCAACGGCACCCACAACACAUUUCGGCUGGCGGCAGGCUCGACUGCGACGGCCAGGUCUCACCGCGACUUCACGGACAACCCGUUGGGCAGCGUGGGUAACAUGGGUGAAAGGACGCGGCCCGCCAAUGACUUGACUGCGGUGUGUGCUGGUUCCACGGCAGGUGACAGUAUCGGACUGAAACGCGAGGUCGCUGACACACCUCCAGACACAGUGGCUGCUCCAGGAGUGCUGCAGAGGAGCUGUCUUUGUGGACAAGUGGUCAGCACGGAUGUGGGAAGCCAGGCUCCAGGUUGGAAAGUGCGCAGGGAGGUGUCCAUCCAGUGCGGCUUACAAUGGAUGCCCCCUCUACCCCUUGCAAUGGAAAUCUUUCCAUCAGCGACAGCUGGUGACAACACUGACAAAGGAACAAGUUGGAACGAGGCUAGAAAAGUGAACCAAGAGCUGUGCGUGCAUGAAAAGGGAAGUGAGAAGCUGUUUCUGUGUCAUCUCUGCCCGUACACAUCACCUAGGCUUGGCAAGUUACAGUCGCACCUGGUAUCGCACAGCACAGAGAAACCGUUCAAGUGCGAAGUCUGUCCAGCGGCGUAUAAGAGCUUGAAGUGCUAUAAAGCCCACAUGUGCAAACACACAGGGGAAAAGCUAUUUCAAUGCCACCUUUGCCCAUAUUGGACAGUUUACUGGAAGUGCCUGUUGGAGCACAGAGGAACUCACUCAAACGCCAAGCCCUUUGCCUGCACCGUAUGCCCAUUCCGAGCUAAAAGCAAGGCAAACCUGCGUAGACAUAAGCUCAUGCACGGAGGUGAUGCACCUUUCAAGUGCAGCGUCUGCUCACUUGGUUUUCGCCGAAAGCAUAACUUAAAAAACCACAUGCAGCAGCACAUGGAGUCGUAGCUGUGCUAGUGUAUAGCUGUACUAGCGAUUGUGGGUGUUCAUCAAAGCAGCCCACCGUCAAUUGCCCAAGCAAGAAUAUGAGCUCGGCAGAAGAUAGGGCCGACGCCCAUGGCCUGUUAAAAAGUAGGCGGCCCGGUCUCGACCAUCUGGGUCGCACCGAGCUCGCUUUUUGCACGUGGACAGCCCACGCCGGCGUGAUGACCGCCGGUUAAAUCAUCGUGACCGCGUUCGGCCAACACACGGGCCGGCGACUUUCCCACUACGGCAAUGGCAUGGCUUGUCCGCGGCCAGCGUUCCUUUGCCGCCAUUUUUUUUUAUGCAUUCUGCAUUAUUCUUUUUUGAGUCAUGUAUACGGGGUGCUUUUUCUUAUGUCGAUUUUGUGAGGCCUUUUGUCACAGAUACCAGCGUGUUCCGCUUCUUAAACAUGUAUGUGGUGGACAAUACAUUCUGAAUAAGUCGCAAGUGCAGAAGCAUCUAACUGAAAAAGAUCGCGCUAACUAUAUAUUUAAACAAUCGCUUUAAGACAAAUGCUGUAAUGGCGGAAUUAGAGGCAGUGAACGUGCAGGAACUAUUCACUCGGAACCAAUUGUGUAACUAGCACCAGUUUCAAGAUAUACGAAGUCACAGUCAGCAAAAUGAGUCGGUGUCUUGAUUAUUUUCCACAAGCAUUACAUAUAUUGGCAGUGCAACAAGAAAAUAGCUAUGACACCAAUGCAUUUUCUUCACGUAUACUUUGACGUAUAUGUUGAAACUGGUUGGCUCCAACUGAAUAGGCCCUGUACGUUAGCGGACUCACUUCCACCAUUGCAACAUGUGCAUUAAAGUUAUUAAGAAGAUAGUUGGCACGAUUUUGUCAGUUAGCAGCUGAUUCACUAUACUACUCAUUCCGAAAGUCCACCUGUUAAAUGUAACCCAGAUGUUCCAAAAGGACUUCUUCUUGGGCAAGUUGGUGCUUAGGUUUCCUAGGUAUACCUUGUGGCGCAAAAUACAUUUUUUGAAAA